AUGAUAAAAAGAUGGUUAUCUGUGAAUAAAAAAAAGUCACACUCAGAGAAAAGUACGCAAAGCAAUGGUGAAAUCAGUCGGGUAGCGAUUAGCUUGAAGAAGACGAGAGGUUCUAGAGAUCCAUCCAUAGCAAAAUCAUCGAGUACUAAGAGUAGUACAUCAAGCCUACCUUCUAAUCCUGCGAGCCAUGAAAGGAAAAGCAAAUUGAGCAGUCAAUCGGAUAACCUCACGGGGAAUAAACAUUACCAUGACUAUUAUCGGAAUACGGAAAAUAGUGCAGAUGAAAGAGAAUACAAUUCUUCUACCACAUAUGAAGAUCGAGCGUUGGAUACAGAGUCCUCUAUCCUUUUCACUACUAUGACAGAUUUAAUGCCAUAUGGGGACGGUUCCAAUAAGGUGUUCGGAUAUGAAAAUUUUGGGAAUACUUGCUAUUGCAACUCUGUUCUGCAAUGCCUUUAUAAUAUCUCCGAAUUCAGAUGUAAUGUGCUGCGAUAUCCUGAAAGAAUAGCUGCAGAAAACAGAACACGCAAAAGUGACUUGAAGGGCUCAAAAGUUAGGCUAUUUACCAAUGAAAGUUUCGAAACGGCCGCUAAUGGCGGAAAUUCUAAUACGGGGUACCAAAGCAAUGAUAAUGAAGAUGCACACAACCACCACCACCUUCAGCAAAGCGAUCAAGAUAACUCUUCUUCUUCUACUCAGGAAAAACAGAAUAAUUUUGAAAGAAAAAGGAACUCGUUUAUGGGUUUUGGAAAGGCCAAAUCAAACUAUAAAGACUCUACAAAGAAAGAUGAUAACAAUGAGAUAGAACAGCCCCAGCCUAUUCACACAGUUGUCAUGGCCUCAGAUACACUAACAGAAAAGCUUCACGAAGGCUGUAAAAAAAUUAUUGUUGGAAGGUCGCUCUCAAAGCAGAGCGAUUUCUUAUCAAAAGCUUCAACUACAGAUUGCCCAGCAAACUCGCAUUGUCAAUGUGAUUUACAAAGCGGUAGAAAUGCUUCGGCGGGUGAUGAUAACCUCGUUAACCCUGAAAGCUGUAAUGAUACUGUCAACGGCUCUAAUUAUAGUAAAGGGAAUACGUUUCCAACAAGUGAACAAAGAAAAAAAGCGGCUUUGGUUAGAGGCCCUGUUCUUAACGUAGAUCAUUUACUUUAUCCAACUGAGGAAGCCACCCUUUACAAUGGGCUAAAAGACAUAUUCGAGUCUAUUACUGAGAAUUUGUCACUAACAGGUAUUGUUUCGCCUACAGAGUUUGUCAAGAUUUUAAAAAAAGAAAAUGUUUUGUUCAACACCAUGAUGCAACAAGAUGCCCACGAAUUUUUAAACUUUUUAUUGAACGAUUUCAGUGAGUAUAUUCAACGGAAUAAUCCAAAUGUGAAAUUCGGGCCACAAAAAGAUAGGAAUAACGUCAGCGACAACUUUAUAACGGAUUUGUUCAAAGGUACUUUAACGAAUAGAAUCAAAUGUUUAACUUGUGACAAUAUCACCUCGAGAGAUGAACCCUUUUUAGAUUUCCCAAUAGAGGUACAAGGUGAUGAAGAGACUGAUAUUCAGAAGAUGUUGAAAAGCUAUCAUCAACGAGAGAUGUUGAACGGGGUUAACAAAUUUUAUUGCAACAAAUGUUAUGGUUUACAAGAGGCAGAACGUAUCGUUGGCUUGAAGCAACUGCCCCAUAUUCUUUCACUGCAUUUGAAAAGAUUCAAGUAUUCUGAAGAGCAGAAGUCAAACAUCAAACUUUUCAAUAAAAUACUUUAUCCAUUGACCUUAGAUGUUUCUUCCACUUUUGAUACAUCAGUAUCCAAAAAAUACGAACUGAGCGGCGUCGUUAUCCAUAUGGGAAGCGGCCCACAGCAUGGUCAUUACGUAUGCAUUUGCAAGAACGAAAAGUUUGGGUGGCUUCUGUAUGACGAUGAGACGGUGGAAUCCAUAAGAGAAGAAACCGUAUUACAAUUUACCGGUCAUCCAAGUGACCAAACAACAGCCUAUGUUUUGUUCUAUAAAGAAACACAGGUUAAUGAGGUCCACAAUCAAAAUGAGGACAUAAACACUACUAAUCAAGAUCAAACACAAACUGACAAUAAUAUUGAACAAUUAAUAAAAUGCGACGAUUGGUUAAGGAAUCGUACACUGAAGGCAGCUGCAAAUAUUGAACGUAAAAAAGCCUUGAGAAAUAUACCCGAGAUUAAGACUGCAGAAAUCAAGACGCCUGUAAAUGAUAAAAAACACAAUAAGCAAAAAAGAAAGUCGAGAAUAUUAAGUUUUAUCAAAUAA